CAUGUCUUUCCUGGGCAGCUCUGCGGACAUGGACGUGUUCCAGAAGGUGGAGAAGAUCGGAGAGGGCACCUACGGGGUGGUGUACAAGGCCAGGAACAAGGAGACGGGGCAGCUCGUGGCCCUGAAGAAGAUCAGGCUGGACUUGGAGACCGAGGGGGUCCCCAGCACCGCCAUCAGGGAGAUCUCGCUGCUGAAGGAGCUGAAGCACCCCAACAUUGUCAGGCUGCUGGACGUGGUGCACAACGAGAAGAAGCUGUACCUGGUGUUUGAGUUCCUCAGCCAGGACCUGAAGAAGUACAUGGACUCCACCCCUGCCUCCCAGCUGCCCAUGCACCUAGUCAAGAGCUACCUGUUCCAGCUGCUACAGGGCGUGAAUUUCUGCCACUCGCACCGGGUCAUCCACAGGGACCUGAAGCCCCAGAACCUGCUCAUCAGCGAGCGGGGCGCCAUCAAACUGGCGGACUUCGGCCUGGCCCGGGCCUUCGGGGUGCCCCUGCGCACCUACACGCACGAGGUGGUGACCCUGUGGUACCGCGCCCCCGAGAUCCUCUUGGGCUGCAAGGUCUACUCGACGGCUGUGGACGUCUGGAGCGUCGGUUGCAUCUUUGCAGAGAUGGUGACGCGCAAGGCCCUGUUCCCCGGUGACUCCGAGAUUGACCAGCUCUUCCGUAUCUUUCGCACUCUGGGGACGCCCAGUGAAGCCACGUGGCCAGGGGUCACCCAGCUGCCCGAUUACAAAGGCAGCUUCCCCAAGUGGACCAGGAGGGGGCUAGAGGAGAUAGUGCCCGACCUGGAGCCAGAGGGCAAGGACCUGCUCGUGCAACUCCUGCAGUACGACCCGAGCCAGAGGAUCUCCGCCAAGGCCGCCCUGGCCCACCCGUACUUCUCGCCCGCCGAGCCCUCCCCGGCACCCCCCGAGUGCGUGCUGGAGCGGUUCUGCCGCUGAGGGCCCGUCUGAGGAGAGGGCGGGCUCUCGGGCGCUUGGCGUCCGUCGUCUGAGGGCUGAGUUUGGGUUGGUCCCGCCAGCUCGCUCCGGGAUCGUUACUGGGUUUGAUGUUGCUGUUCCCAAAAAGACACAGGUGCUUCACGCAGGAGGGGGUCGGCUGGAGAUCCAGCCCCUGGCACCGGAAGAGCAGGUGCCAAGGUGGGAGUAGGGAGCCUGCGGCAGCUGUGGACAGCGCUCCUGGGGCCCUGCCCUGCCCGCAGCGGCGCAGCCAGGCCGAGGGAAGGGUGCCCCCUGCUGGUCUUUUUGGAUUUAACACGUUUUGGGGAAGCGUUGAGCUCCAGUUCAGAGUUCCAAGUUAAACCAGGGGGCGAGGGACUGAUGUCAGCGGCUGUCACCUCGCCCAAGACCCACGGAUGGUUUGCCUGUGUUGACCACUGAAUAAACGUGAGAUUGGC